UAUCAUCACGAACACGUCAAUAUGUUUUGAAUAUAAUCUCCUUCAGAAGCAAAUAUCUUCUCGUUGUGUUAACUCCUUGCAAUAUGACCGACAACGAUGGGUACCUUCCUUUGCCCAAAGGAUUCACCACGAUAGCGAUCCAUGAAGCACAAGAUCCAGAACAAUGGUCUCACCACGAAAUUGUUACACCAAUUACCAUGACCUCUACCUUCAAGCAAGAUGAACCUGGUGUCUUCAAGUACCAAUACGGCAGAAUUGGAAAUCCCACCAGAGAGGUUUUGGAGAAAGUGAUAGCCAAAAUGGAAUGUGCUAAAUACGGUGCUUGUUUUUCUUCUGGUUUAGGAGCCAUCACCACCGUUAUAGGACUUCUGGAAAACGGUGACCAUAUGAUAUGUAUGGAUGAUGUAUAUGGUGGAACCAACAGGCUAUUCUUGCAGAUUGCUACGAAGUUUGGAAUUGAAGUAACGUUUGCUGAUGGUGACGUUGAUAGUUUCGAAAGACAAAUUAAACCAAAUACGAAGAUGAUAUUUGUUGAGUCACCAACGAAUCCAACCAUGCGUCUAUGUGAUAUUAAGGCCAUAACCAGUAUGGCUAAAAGGUACAAAGUAAUGUUUGUUAUCGACAAUACUUUUCUGACACCUUAUUACCAAAGACCUCUUUUACUUGGAGCUGAUGUAGUAAUGCACUCCUUGACAAAGUACAUGAACGGCCAUUCUGACAUUAUUAUGGGAGCUCUAGUCACCAACGAUGAUAAAUUAGGUGAGAAGAUUUAUUUUCUGCAAAAAGCUAUGGGUGUUGUUCCAUCUCCGUUUGACUGUUCCCAAGUGUUGAGAAGUUUGAAAACCCUCGCUUUGAGACUCAAGAAACACCAAGCAAACUCCUUGGUUCUUGCUAAAUACCUGGAGACCCAUCCCAAAAUAGAGAGAGUUCUUCAUCCUGGCUUGCCAAGUCAUCCUCAACAUGAGUUGGCCAAAAGACAAUCAAGUGGUCAUAGUGGUAUGUUCUCGGUGUAUUUGAAAGGAGAUCUCGAGACCUCGAAGAAGUUUCUCAAAUCUUUGAAGUAUUUUGCCCUGGGCGGGAGUCUUGGAGGUGCUGAAAGUUUGAUUGCCUUGAGUACUAAAAUGACUCAUACUUCGGUGCCUAAGGAUCAAAGAGAUAAGUUGGGAAUUACUGAUAAUUUGAUAAGGAUAUCUGUUGGUAUUGAAGAUGUUGAGGACCUAAUUGCUGACAUGAAAUAUGCUUUAGACCAGAUUUGAUAUUUUGAAUUUAAUUAUUUGAAUAAAUUGAAUUUGUAACAUUAAAAAUUUUAC